AUGAGAUGUCAGUCCACGUCGUCGCGCGAUUCCCGCGACAAGUCUGAUGGCUCGUCUCCUCCCUCGGACGCGGCAUCUUCCUCCUCGCCGUCUCCCCCUUCAACCACUUCCAGCGACUCCGGCGCCACGGGCAGCGACAACAAAAACGCCAACCCCUUUGGCCACGACUGGGAGGACUCGGUCGACUUUGCAAUCAAGUCGUUCGAGGACCUCCCCCACCGCCUCUUCGGCAUCAACCAACACAUGAUCAUCAACUACGAGCUCAAGGAGGCCCUGCGCAUCAUGCUGCGCCAGUUCAACGCGCCCAUCGUCUACUGCUUCGCCUACGGCUCCGGCGUCUUCCCCCAGGACAGCGGCAGCCGUAGCAUCACAGAGGCCGAUUUCCGCGCCGUCCACCCGCGCCCGCCCGACGCCCUCGUCCGCUCCCAGCGCGGCUCCCCCAAGAUGAUCGACUUCAUCUUCGGCGUCAGCCACACCCAGCACUGGCACUCGAUCAACAUGAAGCAGCACCGCGCCCACUACUCGGCCGUUGCCUCGCUCGGCUCCGGCUUCGUCUCGCGCGUCCAGCGCUGGGGUGCCGGCGUCUACUUCAACCCCUACGUCGAAAUGGACGGCAUGCUCAUCAAGUACGGCGUCACCAGCAUCGAUAACCUCGUCAACGACCUGUCCACCUGGGACAACCUCUACCUCGCCGGCCGCCUGCACAAGCCCGUCAAGAUCUUGCGCGACCACCCCCAGGUCCGCCUCGCCAACCAGCACAACCUCAUCGCCGCCCUCCGCACCGCCCUCCUCCUGCUGCCCCCGCGCUUCUCCGAGACGGACCUCUACAGCACCAUUGCCGGCCUCAGCUAUCUCGGCGACCCGCGCAUGGCACUCCCCACCGAGGACAAGUCUAAGAUCAACAACAUUGUCAGCCACAACGUCGUCCACUUCCGCCGCCUCUACGCGCCCCUCGUCAAGACGCUGCCCAACGUCGCCUACGCCCACCCCGUCCGCCUCGACGACGACGACUGGAUCCUCGAUCCCGCCGCCGACAGCGCCCUCGCCCAGGACAUGGACCCCCGCAAGCGCGGCAACAUGGUCCGCCGCCUGCCCAAGCACUUUCGCUCGCGCCUCUACUUUCAGUACCAGAAGAAGCUCGCCAUGCCCAACGACGACUUUCGCCGCAUGAUAGACGAGGCAGACUCCGAGGACUGCGACGCCGCCGGUCCCGGCGACAGGGCCAUCAUCCGCCGUCGUCAGGGCGGCCAGUUCGAGCGCCGCAUCGCCGCCGACGACCCCCAGCAGCUCAAGCGCAUCGUCCGCCAGGUCAUCAAGCAGACGGUCAACUGGCCCAGCACCGCCCAGAGCGCAAAGGGCCUGCUCAUGGGCGGCUGGCGGCGCAGCAUGCGCUACCUCGGCGAUAAGUUUGCAAAGUGGCGCAAGGGUCGCAGCAGACAGGCGGCCAAGGGCAAAGCCGGGCACGACAGCAGCAGCAACAAGUCGGACUAA